ACAUCCAUCCCCAUGGGAAGAAAGAAGAAGAGAAAGAAACAGGGAGCCCCAAGUGAGUGAGAAACAAAGGCAGCAACAAAUGAAGCAAACAACCCAAGCCAAGCAAAGGCGGCAUGCAAAGCAAAGGCUGCCAAAGAGAGGAUGCACACACUAACCACAAUCAUGAAUGGGCAAGGCCAGCCCCCACCACCUCACCACCCUUAACAAAAACACCAGAAACCGAAAUUUGGGAGGAGGAGAAAUCAAGAAAAAGCUGAGGAGAGAGAAGGGAGGGUGGGAGGAUCAAGAAAGGGAGGAGAGGCUUUGCAUCCAAGCGUGCUCCCCCCCAAGCAACCCCCCUUCCCUCCUUCCGGUCAGCGUCCCUGUUGACCACUCCGUUGCAACGGAACGGAACGGAGGGCAUCCUCCUUCCUUGUGUAGCCAGCCACGCACCCCCUGCUCCCUCCUAGGACUAUAUAUAACUCCUAUCCUCUCCCAUUCUCGCCAUUACGGACACACCAUCUCUCUUCUCUUCUCUUCUCUUUCUCCCCGCAACCGUCCAAGACUUGCAACAGCUCGCCGCCCGCAACGACGUAACACGGACGCCGCAUCGUGGAACGGGGGCAGGCGGCAUGAAGACGAGGCGUGGCGCCUGCUACUCCUGCCAUGAGCCGGCGGCAGAGGAGCCGGAGAUGCACCGCCGGAAGAGGCGGAGGACGGCCAUGGAGGCGGCGGGGUGUGCUGCCGCUGCCGCUGCCGUCGGAGACAUGUUCGAGGACCUGCCGGAUGACCUCUUGCUGUCCAUACUUGCUGAUGUCGCCGCGUCCGCCCGCUCGCCGGCCGACCUCGCCGGCGCCACCAUGACGUGCAAGAGAUUCAGGGAGUUGGGCCAGAGCAAGGUUGUUCUUGCCAAGGUGUCGCCGCGGUGCCUCGCCGUCCGGGCCAAAAGCUGGUCGGACUCCGCCCACCGCUUCCUGCAGCGCUGCGCCGACGCCGGCAACCUCGACGCAUGCUACCUUCUUGGCAUGAUCCGCUUCUACUGCCUGGGGAGCCGGGGGUCGGGAGCAGCGCUGAUGGCUGCGGCGGCGGUGGGUGGCCACCGGGAGGCGCUCUACUCGCUGGCCGUCAUCCAGUUCAACGGCAGCGGUGGCAGCAAGGACGACCGCGACCUCCGGGCGGGCGCUGCGCUGUGCGCGCGCGCGGCGUCGCUCGGCCACGUCGACGCGCUCCGCGAGCUCGGCCACUGCCUCCAGGACGGCUACGGCGUGCGCCGCUCCUUGCUCGACGGGCGCCGCCUCCUCAUCCAGGCGAACGCGCGGGAACUCGCCGCCGCGGUCACCACGUCGGCCUCGCUGCUCCGCGCGGCGGCCAGCAGCGGCAAGGCCUCGCGGAGGCACUCGUGCCUGCUCAGCGACUUCGGGUGCCGCGCCGCGGUCGCCGCGGCCGGCGAGGCGCAUGCCGCCAACCGGUUCCUCGUCGAGUGGUUCGCGUCGCGGCCGCUGGGCGGCGAGAGCAGCAGCCCAGCAGCAGCACCAGCACCAGCGGACGACGGCGGGGGCCUGCGGCUGUGCUCGCACGCGCUGUGCGGUCGGCCGGAGACGCGGCGGCACGAGUUCCGGCGGUGCUCCGUGUGCGGCGUGGUGAACUACUGCUCGCGCGCGUGCCAGGCGCUGCACUGGAAGAUGGCGCACAAGGCCGAGUGCACGCCCAUGGACCGGUGGCUCGACGGCGCCAACGCUAACCCCAACCCCAAUGCCGUCGCCGUGGCCGCUCCGGCGCUGUAAUCGCCGCCGUGUCCUACCACCCGUUUCUGGCCAGUUCUUUCCUUUUUUUUUCCAUUGGUCUUUUUCCGAACCUCCUCUGUACAUGGUCGCUGCGGUAAAGGUGAGUUUAGCCGAGUCUGGUUACUUGCGGAUUGUUUUUAUGAAGGAAAAUUUUUAGUAUUAACCUAAAAAAAAUCAGACUAAUACAGCGGGAGUACAAUGUUUCGUGGA